AUGAUAUCCGAACAAGGUAGUCAAAGAAUUAGAAAAAAUACUGCCUCCAAUGAGAGCAAAGGCAGGUUCUCGAGAACAUCGCAAUACGUGUUGGAGAAGAGAUCUGACAGUGUAGUUUACAGUAAACUGUCUUCAGAUACGUUUUCGUCGACUGUCGAAGCGACCAGAUCCGACAUUGAUGGUGCAACCAGCAACACCCUGAGCAUGGUAAGCACGCCCUGGACUACAGAGAGUUCAUAUUCAGAUCUAUUUAUAUCACGAUCUACGAAGUUGUCCAAGUCGUCACGUGUAUCAUGGACUAAAGAGUUCACUUCCAGCUUUAUCGCAAAAACUAGCACGACCAUCGCGAGCGACUGGCGGACGGCCACUGAGGGAUCCUUCAGUAAGACUACCCUCCCUGUCCCUAUGUAUAGUUUUGCACCGACACGGCAAGGCCGCCGGUGGAAGGUGUCUCCAGAGAGCUCGUGUAGCACAGACAGCUCCUGGACGCUGAAGACGUUAAGCAGUAUGAGUCAGUAUUCUCCACUGUACAACCAGCCAUUCAUCAGGGUGAAGUACCCGUGGAGUCCCGACACGCUGUGCAGCGACCCGGACGACUACCCAAGCAGCCUGGAUACCCUCGCCUCUAGGAAGGGAAGCCGCGUCGACAUGACGACAUCUAUCACAGAAGAAAUAUUCUACCCAAUGAACUACAUCAACUUGACGCAUAAUUUCGACGAAUGCCAAGUUAUAGACUGGACGCGAACGAAAGAAAACGGUUUCCCGAUGUACUCCACAGCCAAUUUAAUAGACACCAGGGUUUAA